UGCAUAUAUCAAUUCAUAUUAAUCUACACCUCUACAUACGAUUUUCCUCUUAUCUUUUCAAAGACAAAUCAUAAUCCGUUCGAAGAUGAGCCAAUUCAGCCAAAACCAAUCUUCAGGAGCUUAUCCUUCGCCGCCAGUGUCUACCGGCCCUUACGUGGCACCACCACCGCUCGGUUACCCGACGAAUGACACCAGUCAUGCACCGGUGGCUCCGGUGGAGACAAAAUCCAAGGGUGAUGGAUUCUUGAAAGGCUGUCUUGCGGCCAUGUGUUGCUGUUGUGUCCUCGACGCCUGCUUCUGAGUUCGGAGGAAUUUGAUAUUUCAUGCAAAUUAUAUAUCCUUGUAUUUUGCUUCACCCAAAUUAUAUUUUGGGAUUUGAUUAGCUUAUCACAUUUGGAGAUCCUAUUUGUUAAUUCAUUUCUUUAUUACUCUUUUUUUCUUCUUUAGUACUUCUUUUGUAUUGUGUAAUUUUUACCAUCUUAUUAAUAAAUCGUUUUUUCUCUU